AGCAUUCAUCUGGAUUGCUUUGAUAGGUAUUGCUCAUGAACCAUUUACAUCAUGUUCUACCUAUUAUUGAAUCCAAUUGUCUCUUUCGCGGGUCUCUCGAAUGAAAUUAACUAUCGUCGGGUGUCACUUACAUAGUACCCCGUGCUGGUAUCAUCUCCUCUGUCUGCUUUACACCUGCUUCCUUUGGAAAACCAGAAUUUUAUUCUCUUUCAUCCUCAUCUUGCCCUUUUCUGCUGAACAUUGGAGCUUGAGCGUGUCAAGAAUCAAUACCAUCGAUCUGAAAGUCGAGCCCUAAUUCAUGUUCAUCUUUCGAACAAAAUAUUUAUGUCGACGUCGCGAAGUUUGAAUUGUUAUAUAUCGAUUAUGAGGGGGAUACGGGGAUACGAC